GUUAUGAAACCAUUUUUUGUUUCUUAAUUUGACAACAGCACUAAUGGGCGUGCUGCGUCGGCAGACAGAUCAAAGUUGAGUUUUAAUUGACUGCCGUCGGUUUAUGGUCGUCAGAAAACCGCAGUCAGCAGCUAACAGUGACCUUUGUCCCGGACCUUUAAACCCGCAGCUGAUGCCUGGCGUUUAGUUCGUCUCUUUGCUAACAUUUCUCUGAACGACUGCGAUGAAGAGGAGGCUCUUGCUGGUGUCCAAUUCCACCCUGCACGGCGGCGGAUACCUGGACCACUGUCAGCAACAAAUCACCGAAUUCUUCGGAAAGGAUGUGAGGAGAGUGCUGUUUGUUCCUUACGCGCUCCAUGACAGAGACGCAUACACCAAGACAGCCAGGAACAAGUUCCAAACUCUGGGCUAUGAGGUGGACAGCCUCCAUGAGGCUGAAGACCCAGUCCGAGCUGUUCGAAAGGCUGAAGGCAUCUUUAUCGGGGGAGGCAACACUUUCCGCCUGCUGAAGAGCCUUUAUGACAGCAAGGUGGUGAUGGAGAUCAGGAAGAGAGUGAUGGAGGAUGGCGUUCCGUACAUGGGCUCCAGCGCUGGUACCAACGUAGCUACCAUCAGCAUCAGCACCACCAACGACAUGCCAAUCGUCUACCCCCCUACCUUUGCAGCCAUCGGUCUUGUCCCCUUCAACAUCAACCCUCAUUACCUGGACCACGACUCCAGCAGCCGCCACAUGGGGGAGACCAGAGAACAGAGGAUCACGCAGUACCACGAAGAAGCAGACACUCCAAGUGUGCUGGGUCUGAGAGAGGGCUCCAUGCUGCUGGUGGAGGGCAACAAAGCCACGCUGCUGGGAACCACAAAGGCUCGGCUUUUCACUAGGGGGAAGCAGACAGUGGAGUACGACCCAGGCAGCGACCUCAGCUUCCUCCUCACAGACGCACACUGACCAAUCACAGAGCAGAAAGUAGCUGAGCUUUUCAUGAGUAAACAUUUCCUGCUUCGGAUUUCCUCCUUCAGCUGUGAUCAGGAAAGCACACAGUCAAAUGUGAAGAGAUCAUUUUAUUUCAUUUGAAAAGGUGAAAUCAUUUUUUUGAAGUGAAAGACUACAAACAUUGGAAAUAGCAUUUAUUCCAGGCAGACGGACAAAGUGAAGUUAAUAAAGCCCUCAGUCAAACUGUUCAAAGCUCAGACCAAUUUCAGCAGCUCGUCACACACCAACAUUACAAAGAAAACUCCAGAAGUUCCAACAGUGCAGUAAACACUGCCCCCCCCCGUUCUAAUAAAACAAGAUUUCUCUGGACAGGAAGCAGCGAAAACCAGCAACUCUAUAAAACCCACAACCCCAACGUUCCUCCACUAAGGUGUUUGCUGGAUUUUCUGAGUUUUUUUCCCCAAGGAGAAGCAGGAAAUGAUCCCAGGACCAUUUGAUGGCAAUUAGAUAAAAAAGAAAGCAUUCAAACAACUUUCAAAAUAGAAGUGCAGUUGUUUGACAGCUUUAAGUUUACAGGAAAUUCUCACGCAAGAACAUUUGAUACAGUAAAUAAAUGCUUGUUUAAAAAAAAAAA